GUAGGCUAUCGCUCCCCACUCUCGACCACCAUCUACCUCCUCGUCUGCUCCUAGACAAUCCCAAUGUCCUCGCGCAAUCCAUUCCGGACGCCUACCGUCACCCCUCAGCCCACAGGAGCAUCUGCGACAUCCUCGAUCCAAGCCCUCACAUCCUCGCACAUACCACAUGUCACCCCGCAACGCUCAGACACCUACUAUCCUCCUCCAGCAGGCCGGCCACCGCCUACAACCUCCCAGAACUCAUCUACUUCUCAACUCGGACAACUAGACACUGAUCUCCCUGCACCCUCCACAUCCAUUAGCGAAGAAGCCCCUCCGGCAUACACUCCAGCACCCGACAUAAACGUCGGCGAAACCACGGUCGACAUUGGACCUCGCAGGCCCUUCCAACAAGCCCCUUCACUUCCUCCUCCUCAGCAACAACCAUACUUCACCGGCACGCCGAACCCAAAUCCGCCACAUCCCCAUCCCCAGUCCCACUCUCAAUGGGCUCCUCCACCAAUGCACCCGCUCUCGCGCAACUCGACAGGAACCCCCGCCACCCUCGCGCCGCCCACUCUCUCUCGCAGGCGCUCCGGCUCCGACGUGCACGCUUCCGCCGCGCCUGCCUCGCCGACCACGCCGCUCUCCGACUUUGCCCGUGACUUCUACGCUGCGGGCGCCGAGGCGCCCGUGGCCGACGCAGAGAGCACGUCGACGAAUGAGGCGAGCGCCAGUGGUCCUCGCUAUGCGCCUCCGCCUGGGAACCCGCCUGGAAGACGGCCGACUACUAUGGAGAAUGACGGGCGGCCGACGCAAACGCCAGUGCCUGGGCAUCCGCUGCUCAAUAAGGGGCAGGUGCUCGUGUACCCUGCGGGCCAUGAAUGCACGAAAUGUGAGCAGUCCCCCCUUGAUAUCUAUUUCGCUUUCGCUGGCGAAGCAAAAACGAGCGAAACUGCCCGUUCGAUCGAGGGCGCUUUUCUUACGCACGCAUCUUUGUGUCUCGUAGGCAAGAAUACAGGGUACAAGAACUUCGAUCCCUCGCACCCGUGCCGCAAGUGCUGGGAAAAGCAUGCCAAGCCUUUCACCGGCGCGCUCGUCUACAUGCCCUGGGACCCCAUCUCCGCCUCCACCUCCGCGUCCUCGAACAAGCGGCAGACGUACCAGCGGCCCUUGCCCGUGUUCAGGCCGCCGCAGUUCUCCGCCGCAUCCUCGUCGCACCACGCCGAUUAUCACCGGCGCAUCGCGUCUCAGCCGCCUCCCACCGCUCCCAUGCACUCUCCGCCCCCGCAUCCGCCUCCACCCCAGCAUAUGCCCUCGUCGUCUCCGCACCCUCCACCGCCUCAUGUGUACUCUCCUCCGCCGCGAACGCAGCUCGUUGGGUGGGGAUCCAUUCCUCCUCCUGGUGCGGUAGUGAUGCGCCCCGGGGACCCUCGAUUGGGUGGCCAGCUUUGUUGGAAAUGCAGCGGGCGCGGCGCAGUUACUUUUCUCUUGUUCGAGGAGCGAUGCGAUCUGUGUAAUGGUGUCGGGAGGACGUUCAGGUGA